GCCGGGGCAGCUGCCGAGCGCGGCGGCGGCCGAGACAAAGCCCGGGUAAUGAAUGGGACGGGCCCGCCCGGCCCUUCCUCUUAACUCCUUCGGGCCCGGCCGGGCGGCGGCAGUGGUUACCUUCGGCUUCCCCCGCGGCGGCCGCCCGGGGAGCUCCUGAUAAGCCCUGUCCGAACCGGCUGAGUGGUGAAGCGUCCCUUGACUGUACCAGCUGGGCCAUGAGAUACAAUCAUCUCAUCAUUAAGUUUGAGUAGCAAGUCUGUAACCUCAAAUGAAGCGGCCUGCAUGCAGUGAAACAGAUGUAUGCUGCAAAAGAAUCGCAGUUGCCCAAUCAAGAUGAUCAGAAUGGCUUCCUUCAACAAGAAAACAGAACGUUCAUUUUUUAGGAUCAUGUCUACAACAUGAAGCAUUUAACAGUAGCUGUCUUUGAGAACAUUCAUCUAUGACGUGAAAUGUCCUGAUCCUGGGAAAAAAAGAGAUUCCAUUAAUUAAUUCUAUAAUUUUUAAAUGCAUUUUUAUGACUAAUUAUAUUUGCUUAUGCACAACACGGAUUCAUAAACCAGAGAUUAUUUUAACACAUGCACACAUUUUUGUUUGUGUGUACAGUAUACAAGAUACAUAAUUUUAAUCAAAUUUUAAAUAAUCUUUUAAAUUAUCUAUAUUUAUUAAUAAAUGAAGUCUUGGCAAGAAGAAUUUGUCAUCCAUGGACAUGAGUAAAGCAGAGUCCCCCGGAAUGGAUGAUAAUUUUGUAUUGGGUAAAAUCAAUAACUUAAAAGUAGAGCAAGAGGAAGACAGCAUUAACUGUACUCUAGAAAGAACAGAUGUAAAAACAGAACAAGAUGAGUUCAAACACACAGACAGCAGCGAUGAACAGGAAGACAAAGAAAAGAACUUCAUUAACAACAACCCUGGCAAAUAUUUGUCCACGGAAAAUGAAGAUGAUUAUGGAUCUCUUUUUUCUCAGUAUAGUAAUACGCUGUACGAUGUAGCAAUGGAAGCUGUGACACAAAGCCUCCUUUCUAGCAGAAACAUAAGCUCCAGAAAAAAGUCACCUGCUUGGAACCAUUUUUUUAUAUCUCCUAGAGAUAGCACUAAAGCAAUAUGUAUGUACUGUAUGAAAGAAUUUAGCAGGGGUAAAAACGAAAAGGACCUCAGUACAAGUUGUCUCAUGAGACAUGUGAGGAGAGCCCAUCCCACUGUACUAAUUCAAGAAAAUGGAACUAUGCCAGGUAUAUCCUCCUUUUCUUCAUCUACAUUAUUGCUGCCACCUCAAUCUGCAGAUGUUGGAGAUCUGAGUUCUAUGUUAUCCCCCAUGAAACUGGUAAAGAAAAUGGCUUCUAAAAUACCAUCUCCAGAUCGAAUAAUUGAGGAAUCUGUUUCUAUUGUUUCUUCUGAAGAAAUAUCAGAUCUCUCAGUUUCUGAAAAGUGCAGCAAAGAGGAAAUCAUGGUCAGCUCAUCUCCACAGCUACCCAACAACCAGUAUGACGACACUGUUGAGAAUGUAGCAGAAAAAACAGUUGUAAUUCCAAAGAGCGCAUCAGGUUCUAGAAGGAGAUCUGCUGUCUGGAAACAUUUUUAUUUGUCACCUCUAGAUAAUUCUAAAGCUGUUUGUAUCCACUGCAUGAAUGAAUUCAGUAGAGGGAAAAAUGGGAAAGACCUGGGAACAAGCUGUUUAAUAAGACACAUGUGGAGAGCCCAUCGUUCCAUUGUCCUGCAGGAGAAUGGAGGUGGUACCAGCAUACCACCUCUCUACACCACACCUCCAACUCUGUUGCCUUCUUUACUACCAUCAGAUAGCGAUCUGAAUUCUGUGUCAUCUUCUCCUGGAAAACUAAUGAAAGAACCAACUUCUGUUUCUUCUUCUCCAGACAGAAUCUCUGAGGAGAUCCAUACUAAUCUGACUUCUGGAGAUACUCUAGUAGAAGACUCAAUGCUGUCAUCUUCUGAUGAUAUAGGUGAAGUCUCCUUUGUUUCAUCUCCUGAAAAGCAGUGUGAGGGAUUAGGUCCACUAAUAUUUGAACCUACUGCUGUGUUUCAGCAAAACAAAAGGAUUAUGAAAAGGCUUAAAUCAGAAGUUUGGCACCACUUUUCACUGUCACCUGCAGACAGUCUAAAAGCAGUAUGUCGAUACUGCAGUUGCAUGAUAAGUCGUGGUAAGAAAGGAGAUGUUGGCACAAGCUGCUUAAUGAGACAUCUCUAUAGACGCCAUCCUGAUGUAAUUGGAAACCAAAAGAGCUUUCUUGAUGUGAGCUUGGCAAAUUCUCCUUACGCCACUUUGGCUUCUGCAGAAUGUUCAUCCUCAAAGUUGACUGACUUACCUACAAUGGUUACACAUGAUAAUCAAAUUAUAUUUCCUGUUAAUAGUAAGAAGACCUCAAAACUGUGGAAUCACUUUUCAAUUUGUUCUGCAGAUUCAACAAAAGUAAUAUGUACACACUGUGGACGUAUAAUAAGUAGGGGGAAAAAGCCAACAAACUUAGGCACAAGUUGCCUUCUAAGACAUUUGCAGCGGUUUCAUAACAAUGUAUUGAAAACUGAUGUUCCAGAGACUGUAUUAUCCUCAUCUACGGAUAAUCACAUGCCACUGCGCACAGAAAUACUAGGAUCUUCAAAUUUUGAUGAAACCAAUGACAAGUUUUGUGACUCUCACCCAGUUGCCAAAAAAAUCACAAGUCUUGUAGCCGAAAUGAUUGCACUUGACCUUCAGCCAUAUUCUUUUGUAGACAACAUUGGCUUUAACAGGCUGCUUGAAUAUUUGCAACCUCAAUAUUCUUUACCUUCUCCAUCUUACUUUUCUAGGACAGCAAUUCCAGAUAUGUAUGAUAAUGUAAAACAAAUAAUUAUUUCGCAUCUUAAAGAAGCUGAAAGUGGAGUGAUCCAUUUUACGUCUGGAAUAUGGAUGAGCAACCAAACACGAGAAUAUCUAACCCUGACCGCUCACUGGGUAACAUUUGAGUCUUCAUUUCGACCACAGUGUGAGGAUUACCAUUGUUCAGCACUAUUAAAUGUAUCGCAGAUUGACUGUGACUACAAUGGAAUCAGUAUUCAAAAACAGCUUGAGUACUGGUGGGAAACAUGGAUUACUUCCAUUGGACUUCAGAUUGGGAUUACUGUUACUGAUAAUCAGAGUAUAGAGAAAACUUUAAAUGAAGGUGAUCAUUCAAGUGUACAAUGUUUUAGCCACACGGUUAAUGUAAUUGUAAAUGAGGCUAUUAAAAGCCAGAGAAUGGUUCAGAAUUUGCUUAGUAUUGCAAGAAAGAUCUGUGAACGUGUCCAUCGGUCAGCAAAAGCAAAAGAGAAGUUAGCUGAGUUGCAAAAGGAGUAUGAGUUGCCUCAGCAUCAGCUAAUACAAGAUGUUCCAUCCAAGUGGAAUACAUCGUUUCAUAUGCUUGAACGUCUUAUUGAACAGAAAAGAGCCAUCGAUGAAAUGUCAAUAGAGUGCAGCUUUCGGGAGCUAAUAAGCUGUGAUCAGUGGGAGGUCAUGCAGUCGGUGUGUCACGCUCUCAAACCUUUCGAAGCUGCAAGCAGGGAGAUGAGUACACACAUGUCUACUCUAAGCCAAGUGAUUCCAAUGAUUCAUAUACUUAACAGAAAAAUAGAAAUGCUGUUUGAGGAAACUAUGGGCAUAGAUACUAUGCUGAAAUCUUUGAAAGAAGCUAUGGUGAGUAGAUUGUCCUCCACGCUUCAUGAUCCAAGGUACAUUUUUGCUACGCUUCUGGAUCCCCGGUAUAAAACAUCCUUAUUUACAGAAGAGGAGGCUGAACAAUAUAAACAAGACUUAAUCAGGGAGCUGGAAAUAAUGAGUUCUACCUCAGAUGAUGAUAAACCUGUUUCCAAUGGAUGUGAUAUAGGUUCACCAUCUACAAAUUCCUAUGGGGAAGAUAAUCUUUGGUCACUCAUGGGUGACAUGAAGAAAACAAAAGACCUGAAAGAGAGAGCAAAGUUACCAGAGGAAAUGGUGCUUUCUUACUUGGAGGAAGAAGUGCUUGAGCAUAACUGUGAUCCUCUAACUUACUGGAACUUUAAAAAGUCAUCUUGGCCAGUACUGUCAAAAUUGGCUGUCAGGUUCUUGGGUUGCCCACCAAGCAUUGUUCCUUCAGAGAGAUUGUUUAAUACAUCCAAUGAAAGCAACAACUUUAGUCAGUCAAGGUUAAUGAUUGAACACUUUGAGAAGCUUAUCUUUUUGAAAGUGAAUCUUCCUUUAAUAUACUUCCAGUAUUGAAACUAAUGAACAAACUGAUAGAUUAAAUCUAUUGUUGCUCACUGGAUAUUAACUAUCUAUAACUUGGAUUUUUGAAUUGCUCCAGUAGGGGCCAUGUAUGACAUCUAAUCAGUGACUAUAAUUCCAAAAUUUAGGGUCAUUUUUUUCAGCUUUCAAUAUGUCUACAUGUGCCUUAUUCAUAGUACUUCAGGCCAGAUAUUGUAUAUAUGUUUUUUAAAAGUUCACACUAGAGAUAGCCUGUCUCGUCAAAUUAUACAAAAUUAUGUAGGUUUUAAUCCAUAAUUGUAAAUGAACUUUAAAAUAAAGCUCAGUCAUUUGUUUUAAUAGAAUGGAGGGGAAAAAAAAGAAAGAAAAAAAAAAGAUGUAAACAGUUCUAUUCUGUAGUUUUUUAUUCAAUUAUUAUGUAAAAACCAUAAACCAGGUACUGUAUUUUAGUUGAACAUUGCUUUAAUUGCAAGAAAACAGGUUUUGUAGUUGUCAAGAGAAAGCUGUACAUGAAAGAUGGGGUUCAAGCUGUCUUUUUAUCAUGUGGUGUUUUUAACUGCAAGCCCUAAAGUACUUACAGGAUUAAGAAGAGUUAUUGAGAAAGAUGUGUUUACAGGAGACUGUUGACUUAGUAUCUGAAAAUAAAUCUUAAAUUUAAGAUGAUAUGGAAUGUCAGUUAUACAGCAAUCGGUAAUAAAACUCCCCAUUCUGGGUUCUCCUGUUCAGGUUUUACAUUUUAACUGAACUACAGAAAUAUUCUGUGUAUUUAUAAAAGGUCUUUGGAAGUCUUAUCAAAGUUUGUGAAUUAAUGCUUGUUAUUUAAUGCCAUGUACAAAAAGGCAAGAAACUUACCAUGAUGACUCUAAUGUCAUUCUGAAGACUUUCCUAAUCUUUAGUGCAUCGAAAUUAUAAGGUCCCUUUUGUAAAAAUUGAGCCCUUACUCCUAAUGUAAUUUCAAUUGUGUAGAACAGCCCUUUCUUAAAGCUCCUAGUACAGAAAUAACUGGUCUUCUGGUCUUCAGUAAUAGCCUUAUGGAUAUGGUGCACUGCUUAGAACUUUAUGUAGUAGGGUUGAUUCUUAACCGUUGGUGUCCAUCAGGCAAAUGGGAUAUAGAGCCCUUAAAAUUUCAAAUAAGAUGGAAAAAAUAGCCAACAUUUUAAUUUGAAAGGAACGUUCUCCAUGGUUUAACUCUAGAAAGAUUCAUCUUUUCAUUUCAGUUUUCAUUGAAUACUUUUUGGGAAACAAGUCAUCAUUUGCCUAUGACCUUUUAGAAAAGUUGUAGCUUUGUUAAAAUACUGUACCUAUGCCUAAUCUAAUUUUGCAUUUACUAUGUUUUAGUGUAUUUAUAAAUGGUGAACUCAGUUUCUGAAAUUAAACAUUUUAUUUGCAAUUUUCCAGUGGUAGUCAACACUGCCUUUUAUUUUUCAGAUGGAUUUAAGGCAACCAUUAAAUGAAAUUUCAUACAGUUGUAAUCAUAAAUAUACCACAGAACAUGGUAUGUGAAAAGAUGGGUUUUCCGUUUAGCUCUUUGGACUUGAGCCUGGAUUCUGGUUUUUUCAUUUCACAAAAGCUGUUUUAAUCUCAGGAAAAAGUGUUGAAUUAUUUCCCAGGUGGCUUUGGUUUCCACGUGCUGUUUCUCUAAAACAUUUUAUGGUUUCAGGUAUUUCAGUUGUUAUUCCAUCAGUUAUGUUUACACCUGUACUAUUUAAGUAAAUUACUAUAUAGUGUACUUGGGAAAAAACUAGUACUGCAUUUUGCCUCCGAGUAUUUUAAAAGAUAAAUUUUAUUUCUAUCAA